GAGAUGAGGGUUGGGUCUACAAAAGGCUACGCACAAUCUCCCCCAUUGUUCACUGGCAUCAUUGUUGGACUGACAUCCCAGCUGCUCAGCUAUGGCCCCCAAGAAAGCCAAGAAGAGGACAGCAGAGGGAGCCAACUCCAAUGUGUUCUCCAUGUUUGAGCAGGCUCAGAUCCAGGAAUUUAAAGAGGCCUUCACCAUCAUGGACCAGAACAGAGACGGCUUCAUCGACAAGAAUGACCUGAGGGACACUUUUGCUGCUCUAGGACGCCUCAAUGUGAAACAGGAAGAGAUCGAUGAGAUGCUCAAAGAGGCUCCUGGCCCAAUCAACUUUACCGUCUUCCUCACCAUGUUUGGUGAGAAGCUGAAAGGUGCUGAUCCAGAAGAGACCAUCCUCAAUGCUUUUAAAGUCUUCGACCCUGAGGGAAAAGGUGUGCUGAGGAAGGACUAUGUGACACAGAUGCUAACAACACAAGCAGACCGAUUCUCCCCUGAAGAGAUGGAGCAGAUGUUCGCUGCCUUCCCCCCAGAUGUAGCAGGGAACUUGGACUACAAGAACCUGGUUCACAUCAUUACCCACGGAGAGGAAAAGGACCAGGAGUAAACCAUCUUGUCAUCGAAUAGAAAGUCCGUCUUUUGUCAGUACAUGACUUAAAACUGGCCCACUGCCCUUGAAGGAAAUAUAAACUGUGGUGUAUUUAUACAUCUUCAUGUUGGCUGCAUUGUGUCUGUACAGUACUCAGUCAAGAGGGUGAAGACAAAAUGUUCUCUUCCAGGCCCCAAAAGUGGACAGUUCAACAGCAAAGUGGGCUAUCUUGCUCCCUUUUAGCUUUUUCCGCAGACGAAUUAAAUGAUUUCUCAUCAUUUUAUACACUCAAAACCACUUGCCAAUAUUUUUCACAGAAAAUAUCCAUUUGCUAGUUCUGUGCAUGUUCGUCUAAUAAAAGUUUUCAAAGACAGUA